AUCUUCUUAAGUGUCCUUUUCCAAGCGUUGACUCAUUUAUAGAUCACUUGUUCAGUCGUUUUAUGAACAGAAUUAUAGACCUUUUGCACCCCUUUCUUCUUCUUCAAAAGCAUACUUUUUUGCUUACUCUUUCAGGCGUCUGGCGUUGCUACAGUCGCAGUACUUCGAGUAUACAGGGACAGGCUGCCAUUGCAACUCAGCAGCCCACCACGCUACGUAGAGCACAAAGUGGAAAGGCUUUCUAGCAAGCAACCGUCUCACAGCUAGACUGCAUUACAUAUUCGUUUUUUCUUAAAUGUUGCCGAAUAUGCCUUCUAUUCGGUCCAAACGCAAGUCAUUACCAAUCAUCUUUGCAUUGGUUCUGGGUAUCUUGCUUCUCAUAGCGGCGCCAGUUGCGGCAUCAUCAUCUCAGCCUUCGCCCCAAGCAGGGUCCGCAAAUUCGGAUCUAAUCUGUCACACAGCCAACCCCGAGGAAUGUUAUCCUCGGGUCUUUCAACCAACAGAUGAGUUCCAAACAGUUCACGGUGACCAAGAAUUGCCGAGUGGACUCCAUGUUCGCUUGAAUAUCUGGACAGGAGUCAAGGAGGCCAAGAUCAACGUACCUGAUGAAACGAAUCCUGAUCUGGAUGGCCUGCCCGUUGAUCAGGCAGUGGUACUUGUCGACCAGGAGCAGCCAGAAACAGUACAAGUGCCCAAAGGAGCGCCAAAAUACGAUGCUAUUGGCAAAGUCAAGGAGCCAGCUCAAGGAGAAGAAGCACAGGUGGAGGCUAUUGCCUUUGCAGAGACGUUUAAAAUGCUCAAAAGUGGCAUUAUUCCGAGUGAUGAAGAAUUUGACCAUGGUCUCGAAGGGCUAGAAGAACUAUCGCACGACAUCUACUACGGUCUCAAGAUUACGGAAGAUGCAGACGUGGUAAGGGCACUGUUUUGCUUGAUGGGAUCUCGUGAUGGCGAAACCCCCAAAGGAGUCACUCCGCGAAGCCAACAAGCGGCUGCUAUUCUCGCUGGUGCCCUCUCCAACAAUCCUUCGGCUCUGAAAGAAGUGGCCAAGAUCUGGCAACCGCUCAUGGAACAAUCGUGCCCUCACGAUGGCACCCGCGCCCACGAUCUCUUCUACUAUCCCAUAGCCUCGGUCGGCGAUUCCCCCGGAAAAGUCAAGGCCGUAGUCUCAGCCAUCAACGGCCUCAUCAAAGACGAGAACAUCAGGAAGGAUUUCCUUGCAAACAACGGUAUGAAGCAACUCCUUGGCGUCCUUGUCCCAGAAGGCGAGGAGUGGGCCGGAGCACAGAGAAAGGUCGGGCAGCUGGUGCUGGAUACUUUUUUGGACGAGGAUAUGGGUGCUCAGCUUGGCCAGUGGCCUAAGGGCCAGGCGUCGAGUAAUGCAGUGUGUGAGACGGCAAAGACAGCCCUGGACGACGGCUGCUGGGAUUAUAACGUCGAGAGAAUGGUCAAAUUGAAGAGGGGACCAUGGAGCAAGGAGCUGCGGGCGAGGCUGGCGGCAGCGCGUAAAUCCACGGGCAAGGUGCCAAACCAUGGCGAACUAUAGAUUUCCACAUUGAGUGCUGUAGCGUAUAUAUGUAUUAGCUGUAAAUAGAGAUACCCUUGAAUUUCAACCAGAUGUGCAACAGUGGCAGUCACUUCAGCCUUCACAAAG